AUGCGACGACUGACGCUAGUUAAAAACAGUGGUUUAAUAUUAAACAAUUCAAACAUUUUUGAGCCAAAUACAGCAGAUGUAGAUGGUCAUCUAUUUCCAUUAUCAGAUAUUAUUUCUGGUAAGGAAAAGCUAGUCGUUAUUCCCAAUGAUGGCUAUAUCGCGAAAAAAAUACCGCUUGCCAAUAAUUUACAAAACACCGUCGUCAUACUAUUACCAACAAUGGCGACGAUCGAUGAACAACCUCAACUUGAAUCACUACAAACAGCUUCUAGUGAUGCACGUUUUCCAGUACUGACUAAUAAUUACAAUGAUCAAACUGUAAUUUAUGAAAAAUUAAGUGAUGUCAUUAGUGUACCGUAUGAUCAUGCAGAAAAGAGACAAAAUAUUUGUCAGCCUCGUUAUCGUACUCAUUUACACAUUGAUGCAAUUAGUGGUCAAAAAUAUUCGGAUAGUGAUGAUGAGAAUAAUACAAGUCAAUCAAAAACAAAUACAGUGUAUAACACAUAUGAUGAUUUAACAACAACAUCAAGUGAAUACAGUGGUGUUUAUAAUGUUCGAUCUCAUCCAAGAAGUAUUCGAUCUUAUAUGACGGAUAUGCAACGAAUAGAUGAAGAACAUAAGCAAGUACUAGAAAAUUUAUGUCCCGAUAAAAUGUAUGUAACACAACAAGACAUAAGAUUAUAUAUUCCACCAGAUGGAUUUCGGACUCCAAGAGUAAACAAUGGUGUGACGAGUAUGCAAUUGAUUGGAGAUCAGUUGAUACGAUUUUGA